AUGUCUAAUAUGGCGACUAACAGCACCGUCUCCGGGGGCAUGACGUCCGGCUCAGGCGUCUCUGCCCCUGUGACUCCGGGCGGAUCGGGUCGCUUUACCAACGGUUGGAUGUGGCCUGAUGUGGCACAAAUGGAUUCACUGGAGGCUCGCGAAGUACUCGACCGGAUUCUUUCUGAGUCGAAAAGCAAGACACGGCGCGCCAAGGAACUAGCUGCAGCCCAGGCCGCCGCUGCAGCCGUUGUGGCCACAGUUGGCGGUGGUGCAAACAAUAAUUGUGUUCUCCCAGCUUCGUCUUCUCCUACUUCUGGUCAUAUGGGCCAUUUCAAUGCGCACCAGCUACCAAGCCACGUCCUGGGGCAGACAAGCGCCUCAUCGGGAGGUGCCACUUCCAUCGGAUCCAAUGGAAGUGGGUCGGCAGGCGGAGGCACUUUGAUGGAACUUUUCGAUUCUGGAUCAGCCGCGAAUAGCAAUUCUUGCCACAACAGCCCCUUUCAUCGUCCGUACACUGUUGUCUCUGGAGGUUUAGCAACGCCCAACAGUGGAGCCCGCAUGGUGCUUGGAGCAGGUGGAGCCAACGGGUCCAGCCAUAUGAUGAAUGGGUCUUGCGCAUCUAAUGGAUCAAGUCCUAUGGGCCCAUCUCAAUUCAACCUCUCUGUCACCUCAGCCCAGCGAAGCAGUCCAAGCGGCUACAGUGGAGCUGCCUUUUCUGGAGCUUUCGACCUUGUCACAUCAAGUGACCUCUUUCUCGCUUCGCCUUCAUCGCCCUCUGCUUCGAAUGGAUCCUCUACUUUACAUCUAAGUUCUGGUGAUAAUCCCUCUGGAGCUCUAUCAUCAGGUCGAGCUUCCUGCCUUCUAAAUUGCUUUUCAAGACCCAUCGCUUCGAUAGCGAAUGCUGCUGGAUCUGUAGGUGCUACUGUUGGUGGUACCAACGGGACUAGUAAUGGAGGUGCUAACGCCAACAACACUUCUAGCGGAUCUUCACCCCACGGAACUAUUACUAGCUCGGGCUCAAUGGGCACUCAGAGUCAUUCGGGGUUUAUGCGUCGGCAUAGCGAUUGGCUGUCGCCGAGUGGAGCUGGUCUAGAUGGACUGUUACAACAAUCAGGACUCUCUCGACAGCACACUCAACAACAGAGUUUGGUUUUAAAUAAUCAGGUACAGUCUGGCAUUGGUGGGAUUUUCGGUCCUUCCACUAUUGAAACGGAUCUCAACCUGCACAGUUACACGGGAAACCUAAACAGUCAGUCAACUGGCCUUGAGCUGAUACAAGCUCUAGACAAACUUUGUCUUGCCGGUGGUCUCGAAAGUGCUCCGUCUUCCCUAUCGACGACGAUGCCGUCAGUGGUAUCAGCUAUUACAUCUGGCUCCCUAUGCCAAUCAGGUCUCGGUCCCUCGCCACACUGCUCUUCUUCUUCUUCCUCUUUGCCGGAUCGGGGAAUCCCUUCACCACAAUCUGCUUCGCUUUCUUCUCAUUCUAGUUUCCCUCUCGCACAUUCGCAGCGGCCGCAUCAGUUUGCUGAAGUAUCGGAGGAAGCCGCUGAAUUUCUGCUCAGAUUGAACUCUCAGGUCACUUCCGAGGCAUGUGAACUAUCUGCGGUCACCACGACUACAGCUACUAAUAAUGAUGUAGGGGAACUCCGUUUCCCUCCUGGCUUCGAGGAUCACCACAAGCCGAUGUCCUCUUUAGCUAAACAUCAGCAUCAUCACCUUUCGACUUCAGGAUAUUCCGACUCUGGCUUCGCUUGGGGUAACGAGUCGGGAUUUGGAGGUUUUGGAGGGGCUCAAGAGUCAUCCCUCAAUGCACAUGAUAAACCGUCUUGCGACCCAACUGGGGAUCUCUUCCAGGUUCGUCAGGCAUACCAUUGCUCUAUUAGUACCGUCUCUUGUAACAGCCUUUGA